AUGGCCGAUAAAGAAAAGAGUAAAGUAACGCAAUCGAAGCAUUUUCCGAAAGACGGCCAAGUAAUAAUGGCCAUAAUGAAAGAAAUGGGCAUAACGGACUACGAGCCGAAAACGAUAGUUCAACUGACCGAAUUCGUUUACAGAUACGCCACAUCGAUAUUAGAAGAGGCCAGAAUGUACGCGACGAAUUCCAAGCAGAAAUUCCUCAGCGUCGACGACGUGAAAUUGGCCCUGCAAUUGACCUGCGAAUCGACGUUCACGACGCCACCGCCCAGGGAGGUGCUGAUGGAGCUGGCGAACGUUAAAAACUACUCGGUCUUGCCGCCCGUGAAGCCCCACUGCGGGCUAAGGCUGCCGCCCGACAGAUACUGCCUGGCGUCCAGCAACUACACGCUAAGGAGCAACAAGAAGAACGCCAAGGCGACGUUCGCGCCCGUGGGGCCCGGCAUGAAGUUGACACCCAAAGCGAACAUCAACUUCAUCAAGAGGCCCGCGGGCGGCAUGGCUAAGCAGACGGUCACGAUACCCAAACCGGUGACCAAAGUCAUAUCGACUCCCCAAAAGACAGUAUUAAAACCCAAAAUCGAGAUUAUGCAAAACAUGCAAAUUUCCAAUGAAAUGGACUUCGAGAUGGGUUCGUUGAAGCGAAAACGCGAAGACGAUUCCGACCAAAUGUUACUUUAA